CCUUUUUUUGAUGAUUUAGGUGUUAUUACCUUUUCCCUCUCAUUUGCUAGGCUGGUUGAUUUUGACCUUAGCCUGUAGAGUGUAGACCCCAUGAUUUGCGGGGGCAAAUCAUUUUGGUCCCAUGAAUCACAAAGACACUUCUGCCCUCAACUGCCCUCCUUGCAUGGUCAUGCAACCAUGGGCAGAUUUGUCCCGAAAAACAUCACGAGCCAGAAAGGAAUCCUCAGCUUGACAAAUUGCACCACACAUAGAAACAAAACAACUACCUAACCUAAUCAUGCCUAUCGUUUUCCCCCCACACAUGCCAACCUGUAUUUUCCCAUUGGUGUCCAAUGAUCUCCGUCCACAUGGCACCGGCCCCCACCAAGAACCUCAGCUCAUACCUUUUAAUUGCCUUAAUCAUACCAUAUCAUUACACAUUAAUUGCUGCCCCCAAGAAGUAUAGUGCGCUUUGAUUCUCCUCAUGAUUUGUAUGGCUUCAUUUUGGUUUCUCUUACCACUAACAGUGGCUUUCAUGGCCACAUCUUCUCUCUCUUUAACUUCUGAGCUGAAUUUAGAAACCCCCUCCAGGGCCUCCUCUAUUUCAGCAGCACCAGCAGUCUUGCCAGGCCCUCCACUCUCUCCUCCAUACACAGAGUUGUCACCUGACAUUACUCCUCGUUUGCCUUCACCAGGUGGUGAAUUGCCUUCUCCAACUGGGUCUCUCAUCCCCACCAUUCCAUCGAACCAGAGCCCACCGAACCCGGAUGAGGUGGCCAUUGUUGGCCCUGAUUCUGCCAUUUCGCCAUCCGGGUCUAAAUUGGUUUCGACUGCAUCCUCUCUAAGUGUCUUUGGUUUUCUGAAUUUAGCACUUCUAUUGGGCUUGAUGUCGAAUUGGCGGUGAUUGGUAUCUGUUGCUUGGUGUAAGUUCCUCUUCUAGUUCUUGUUGAAAGUGUAAUGGGAAUAGUGUAUAUGGCGAUUCAUGGAGCCAAGUACUGUUCUAGUUGAGAGUUUAUUAAUAGUAGUUUACCUGGAAAUUAGAGGUGGUUAUUUUUUAUUCUAUUGAUAUGAUUCUUAGUUGUA